CGCCAGUAUCCUGAUUUGCGAGAAGUUUUCAACAACUGCCUUCUAGUCCAACUCUAGAACCUUGUUUGUAUACUUUGGACCUUCACAACUCUCCGCUCAAUUAUUGCUGGGCCUUGGAAGGGACAGAAAUGCUAUAUUGCCCGCAACAUUCUUUCCUCCCCUGUCUGCCCAUCAUCAGCAAUGCCCUAGCUGAUCUAGUCCCUAACGCGACAUCCAGUUCCAUGAGAACAUCCCCAUCCUUCAGUCUGGACGAGUGGGACCCAACCAAACCCUCCGGAAGCCGUGUCAUGGCGAAGCCCGGUUCGUCACGCGGUAUUCUCAAUCAUGUUUCCCAGGCCGUCUAGCAUCAGCGGAAGAUGCUCAAUCGUAGCAAGUGUCUUAGCUGGUAUUGGAGAUAUUUCUAUGAACCGC